AUGCCGCCGCACCUACACCCCAGGUCACGCAUGACCUCCUCGCUCUUCGCAACCACUGUCCUCGCCAGCUUUUUUGUCGUCGCGUUGCCGCACAUCCUGCCUUGCCCCGUGCCCCGGACAAAGUUUGCCGAUGGAGAGGUGGUUGUCGACGACAACGGACGACGCAAGAGGUGGAGGAGGAUUGAAGCUCCAGAAUCGAAGAAUGGCAUUGUGCAGUUUGGUCAGCCCGCCGAAGAUGACUCCUGCGACUCCACGGGACCAACGAGGAGAGAGUGUCCUGUGCCCAAGCCCGGCGGCAUCUUGGGAGAAUGGUUAGGGUUUCGGCCAAAGGAUGACGAGACGGACAAAAGGGCUGAUAGAUGGGGUGCACACGGACUCCGCUUCCACGCCAUUCGGUUCCGGGAAGAAGGCAUCACGGGAUCUGGAGAGGGCGCCGUCUCCUGCCAUAUCCGUCUCAGCGCCACUCAGCGACGACCUGCCAAGAAGCUUAAAAAUUCAGAGUCGUUUCCCUCUUUGGCGGUGUCUGUGUGCUACCCGGACCUCUGGCUGGACGAAAUCGAAGCCUUUGACAGGGCGGCUUCUGCGCAAACCGGACGAUCGGACGUCGGAGACAUGGCAGGGGUCCGGCGCCAGCGCCCCGCCAUUCUGGACCCGGCUUAUUAG